AUGUCGGUGGGCAGGCUCCCAGCUGAAGCUGACAACAGGGAAUCCAAGAGGGCUAGAGGGAUGGCCACGCCUUUAAUCGGAUUCUCGGAUGAGGACAAACUGGGAACCCUUCAACCCCACGACGAUGCCCUGGUCGUCACACUCAGAAUUGGAGGAUACGAUGUGAAGAGGGUGCUCGUUAACCAAGGCAGCGCCGUGGAAGUAAUGUAUCCCGACUUGUAUAAGGGAUUGAAGCAGAAGCCAAAGGACUUAAUGGCAUACGACUCCCUUUUGGUCAGUUUUGAAGGAAAAACCGCCACCCCGAAAGGCAUGAUUAGGCUGCCUAUACAAACAGACUCGGACAUGGUAGAGGUGGACUUCAUUGUGGUAGAUGCAUACUCCCCCUACACUGCCAUCAUGGCCCGACCGUGGCUUCAUGCCCUAGGGGCUGUGUCAUCAACCUUACACCAAAAGGUCAAGUAUCCGUCAGGAGGUCGAAUGAAAGAAGUAAUAGGGAACCAGGCGAUGGCCCGGCAAUGCAUAGUGUCAGCAAUCUCGCGGCGACCGAAUAGUGAGCCCUCCACCUUAGCCGAGAACGGCUUAUAG